GGGGCCUGCUGCGCGGCCUCGGUAUAACUGCGCAGCCCGCGCGCCCGCUCUUCUCCCGGCGCGGACACCGGCGGGGCCAUGGCUGUCACUUCCUUGUUGUCCGCGUUGGCCGCCCGGCUGUCUCUGCCCACGCAGGGCUGCCGCCUCCACCAUCGCCCCUUCCACCUCGCGGCAGUUCGAAAUGAAGCGGUUGUCAUUUCUGGAAGGAAACUGGCCCAGCAGAUCAAGCAGGAAGUGCGGCAGGAGGUGGAAGAGUGGGUGGCCUCGGGCAACAAGCAGCCACACCUGAGCGUGGUUCUGGUUGGGGAGAAUCCUGCAAGUCACUCCUAUGUCCUCAACAAAACCAGGGCAGCUGCAGAUGUGGGAAUCAACAGUGAGACAAUUGUGAAACCAGCUUCAAUUUCAGAGGAAGAAUUGUUGAACUUAAUCAGUAAACUAAAUAAUGAUGAUAAUGUAGACGGCCUCCUUGUUCAGCUGCCUCUUCCAGAGCACAUUGAUGAGAGAAAGAUCUGCAAUGCUGUUUCUCCAGACAAGGAUGUUGAUGGCUUUCACGUAAUUAACGUAGGGCGAAUGUGUUUGGACCAGUAUUCCAUGUUACCAGCUACCCCAUGGGGCGUGUGGGAAAUAAUUAAGCGAACUGGCAUUCCAACCCUAGGGAAGAAUGUAGUUGUGGCUGGAAGGUCAAAAAAUGUUGGAAUGCCCAUUGCGAUGCUACUACAUACAGAUGGGGCACACGAACGUCCUGGAGGUGAUGCCACCGUUACAAUAUCUCAUCGGUAUACACCCAGAGAGCAGUUGAAGAAACAUACAAUUCUCGCAGAUAUUGUAAUAUCUGCUGCAGGCAUUCCAAAUCUAAUCACAGCAGAUAUGGUCAAGGAAGGAGCAGCAGUCAUUGAUGUGGGAAUAAAUAGAGUUCAAGAUCCUGUAACUGCUAAACCCAAGUUGGUUGGAGAUGUGGAUUUUGAAGGAGUCAGGAAAAAAGCCAGUUACAUCACUCCAGUUCCUGGAGGUGUUGGUCCCAUGACAGUGGCGAUGCUUAUGAAGAAUACCAUUAUUGCUGCAAAAAAAGUGCUGAGGCCUGAGGAGCGGGAAGUGCUGAAGUCUAAAGAGCUUGGAGUGGCCACUAAUUAACUCUUGUGUCUUCUACCACAAACAGAACUCCAAGCCAGUUCAAGAAGCAAAGCAGGCCAAUAGAAAUGCAAUAUUUCUAAUUUAUUCUACUGAAAUGGUUUAAAAUGAUGCGUUGUGUUUAUCGACAUCUUAAAUGGGUGGGUGUUUGCACACAUGGCUUUGCAGUACUUCACCAGGGAGCACACCAGUGUCAUGCUGGGUCAUGUGAUCUAGCCAGGAGCAGCCAUUGACCUAGUGAUUAAUGUGGAAGACAUUGUCACAUUGAGAAUGGAUGCUUAACCUUUGUCAAGCCACUUCAGUUAAAAAUUGGCCUUUUCUAGAAUUGCAUUUCCUAAGUGCUAUUCCAAUAAGAGUUGAUACUCACUUUAGGUUGCAAACCUCUUGAGUUCAACUGGUCAAACCAAAGGAAAAAUGUUGCUAGAGAAAAUUAGGGAAAAAGUGAAAAGGAAGAAAUGGUGGUAAUUGAGUAGAAAAGAAUUAUCUUAAUUUACAUACAUAUUGAUUGAUAACCAGAUUUAUCAAAAUAGAACUGAAUUGGCUAGGAAGAAGAGAAACUACAUGUUAAUAGGCCGUCUUUUUGUGGCUUAGUCACUGGGAAAAUGUUUAGGGUUGUUCCUUCUGUUGGCUCUCAUUUCAUGUGUUACCCUUCAGCAAGGUCUCCUCAUUUUAGUUUUUUAGGAUUGAAAGGCUAAUUUUAUAAAUUAUUCAAUAUAUUGUCAUAUUUGGCUUUUGCUAUAUCUUUAAACUUCAUUGUUAAAUUUUUGUAUUGUUAGGGGGUGUCUGUAUGGUCUUUUUGGUAUAUCUUGAAACCUAUUUUUGAAAAACAAAACUUGGGCUUGAUAAUCAUUAGGGCGGCUUGUAUAAAUAUGCAAACAACUUUUCCACCAAAGAAUUGUCAGAAGCUGCCUGCUUUUCUCUGAUACCCUCUGUUGGCCUUCCCAAAAGAUUUAUAAGAGAUCGAGUAAUUGAAUUGAUUCAGACUCUCUGAUUAAAGGUUUUUUUGUUUUUUUGUUUUUUAAUAAAAUGCAUCUGUCUGGUGUGAAAUGAGUUUCUGAAA